GAAAUCUAAAUUUAAUAGGAGUCAAAAAAGAUGAUGAAGGAAUGUAUUAUUGUGAUGCUGAUAAUUCUGUUGGCAGUAUGAUAACAGCUAGUGCAGCAAUUGAAGUUCAAGAAACACCACAAAUAGUGAAAAUUUCCAAAAGUGUGUUUGUUGAAGCUGGAAACAAUGUUACUUUGAAUUGUGCUACCCGUGGUCAUCCUAAGCCAUCCUUGACAUGGAUUCAUAAUGGCCAGACACUCCAUACUCACCCAAAAAUUAAAAUCAAAGGUUCUCAUUUAACAUUAGAAAAUGUUACUCGCAAGGAAUCUGGCAUUUAUCAGUGUUUUGCAAACAACGAAUUAGGAACUGUUUAUGGUACAACUAAUGUGUCUGUGUUUUCAAAGAACAGGACGAAUAUGGAUCAUGAUUCUUCAGAUCUAGAUUAUGAUUCGGAUGAAGACUUUAGAAAACCUCCAAAUGAUCGCAAGAAGGAUGCAAUUAAACUUAUUCCGCCAUCUAGGCCAGACAUUUCUCGUUUAUCAAAUACAUCUGUAAUGGUUCGUUGGAGUGUGCCUCGCAAUGAUGGCCUUCCAGUUGUUUUCUUCAAAAUACAAUACAAAGAAGUGGGUAUUACUAAUGCAGAGUGGAUGACAGUUGAUGAAGAUAUUGCUGCUCAUAUUCAUUCUUAUGCUGUAACUGGUUUAUUAUCAGGUGUAAAAUAUCGCUUUAGAGUUGCGGCUGUAUAUUCCAACAAUGAUAAUAAAUCUGGUCCAAUAUCUUCCCCAUUCAUGCUUUCGAAAGAGCCACUAAUGGAAAAGCCAUCUAGUGGACCUACUAUAGUUUUUGCUGAACCAGAAAGUCCUUCUGCUAUUACUCUAAAAUGGAAAUAUGAAGAUGUUGAUUCAGUGUCCAUUGAGGGAUUUUUCAUACAUUACCGAGCUAGCCACACUGCUGGGAAAUACUUGAAAGUAACUGUACUUGGGGCAAACACAAGAUCUCAUACAAUUUCUCAUCUUUUACCUGAUACUGGUUAUGACGUUAAAAUGCAGUGCUUCAAUAUUGCUGGGACUUCUGAGUUUUCCAACAUCAUCACUGCUAAGACAAAAGUUGCUGAAAUAGUGCCUGGAAUCAGAAAUCGGAAUGGAAAAAUACAUCAUGAAGAUGACAUGGCAAUUUCAUUAACAGAUCAUGAACCAUCUAAAAGUUCAGAUGACAGUUUUAUCCUCUAUAUUGUUUUGGGUAUCAUUGCUGGUGCAUUGUUCAUAACUUCUAUAGUUUAUGCAUUCUUAUUUUUUCGUCAAAAAAGGAGUAGAACAAACUGUGAUAAUAGAAACGAUGAGGAAGAUGAUCCUCUAAAAUUAGGAAAUGGACACAUUUCUGGAAAUGGUUACAUUGCUGUUGGCAAUAAGAUAAACAUCAGUGUUAAUCCCCUGUCUCAAAUAAAUCUUGAUAAUGGAGAAAAAAUCGAAGAUCUGGAAGAUAUAGUUUCAAAUAACAAUGAAAUUAUACGACUACAAACCUUCAGUGUCAAUGUUGAACCAGAAUCAGAACCUUUGACAAAUGGUGCUGGUGUGAAUGAGAGUAACUUUAAUGGUGAAGAAAAAUCUGCUGUGAUACUUUCUGGUAAUUUUGGAUCCAGUACAAGCCUGCCAGAGAAUACUGAAUGAAGCUGUGAUUAUAUUUUUAUUGUUACCACGAACUUUUUAACUAUAUACAUAUUUUAUACUGACAUUCAUUUAUUAUUUUCAUGUGCCUACUGGUAUUUUAUUGAAUUUUCGAUACUAAUGUGGUCUAAAAGAAAUGAAUGAAAAUGCUAAUACAUAUAAUAGAAUUAGAAACUCAUUGUUGUGUAUGUAAAUAACAAAAAACACAUUUUUGUACAUAUCCCAUAUAAAAAAUGUAUUCAUAAAUCAUAUUCAUCCAUAGAGGUAAACUUGUAAAAUGUAUUUACUUUUUAAUCUUAAUGGAUCUUCUCAAACGUUACGCAUCUCAAAUCAAACGUUGAAAAUGAAAAUUUAAUACAAGUGUUUAAUUUUUUAUUUAAUAGAACAUUAAAUAUCACAAUCAACUAAAUUAUUUUGUGCUUUUAAAAUCGACAAGCAAAGAUUUUAACCACUUUCACUUUUUUUGCCUAAAAAAUGCUCAAUGUUGUUUCACAAAUUUUUCUCACAAAAAUACAUUUCAAUUCUUUGUUUCUUUGUACAUAACUUAUUCAUUCAUAUAAAUAAUUUUAUCAGAAAUAUUUUUAGAAAUGUAUUGUUAAAUAUUUUCGAGAUAUAUUUUGGCUUUGCCUAUCUUAAAAGGUAUUGCAAUAAUUUUCCUCGAUUACACAUAAGUACUGACGGAAAUUUGAAAUAUUUUGUGCUGAUACAUGUACAUAUGAUUUGUAAGAAGACUUUUUAAUAAUGUGUUGAAAUUUAUGUUCAACUUGCUAAAUUUAUUGGCUAAAAGUAAUUAUUUUGUUGUUACUGCAAUCUGGUAAUUUUUUUUUAUACAGAGUAAUUCUAUUCUUUAUAGAUUUUAUCUGAACAUUUAAAACCCAUAAAAAAAAACAUUUUCAAAUCUAUUUUUGAAAUUAAAAUUUAGAAUCAAAAGUAAUGUAGGUAUGUAAAAUAAAUUUGUAUAUAUUUUGCUGAUACAGUAUUUUGUCUAUACAUUUGUAUAUUUUGUUUUUUUCAAGCAUUCAAGCUCCUCAAAUAACCAAAAUUUGGUGGAAUGGAAUUUCCCUUCAUAAAUAAAUUGUAACUUGUCCCCAGUUGAACUGCUGCCUUUUCACAUAGCUUUCUCUCUAAACAAGCAGAUUUUUCAAACCAAAUAAAUAAAUGAAAAUAGUAAUAACAUUUUAAUUAUUACUUAAACACACACACACACACAUAUAUAUAUAUAUAUAUAUAUAUAUAUAUAUAUAUAUAUAUGUCCUCUUAACCCAAUCUUUAUUCCAGUUGAUGUAAUUUCUUGCUUUUUGGCUUUUUGGUAAAUGUUUUUAAAAUAACUAUGGAAGACUUAGCUUUUAGUGGCUAAAGUUUUUGAUACUUUUAUAGACAACUUACUGUUACUGUCUUGCUCAGUGCUUCACAAAAGUUAUAAGAUGAAAUUUGUGUGUCAUCUCCCUUCAUUAUCAAUUUAGAAAGAAUAAGGACAGUUAUUUCAUUGUGCUUGAUAUGACUUAUUUAUGACUAAGAAUCUUUGGAAUUCCCCAGGCCUAGUGCAGACAGUAUUUUACUUUCUGGGCAGAGGGGAUUGGUCCAUAAUAGUCCUUUCACGUGCAUAAAUUAUGAUACUUGGAUUAGCAAUAGAUUUUAAAACCAAGACCACCCUCCAUCCCACCCCUCGUUUUGCACUUGCAUCCAAAAAUGCUAAAACAUGUAUUUGUAACUUAAAUUUUAUUCUAGUACCUUCUUUCAAUAGUAGCAAGGCAUCAUGUUCACAAAAACUUUUGCUAACUAGAUACCGUAUGUGAUCUUCAAUUCAUGGACUUUAUACACGACAAUUUUUCUUACUGGAAUAAAUAUGACGAAUGAAAAAUUCAAACCUUUUUAAAUGACUUCACCAAUAUUUGGUAAUUUUAUACAAUAAUUUAACAAAAAUUGCAAGUUAUUUGCAUUGUUAUGGAGUUCUUUUGAAUUUUCCAAAUCAGCCCUGAACUUUUUUCUUGCAGUUAAAUAUUUGCUUGAUAUACAUUUAUACUGGUAGUUGUUCCUUACCGUGUCAUAUUAGUUAUGCUGUUGCAUUUUCAAUGUGAUUUUUAUACUUUUGUAGUACCAGAAUAUUUUCAAUGCAAAUUUGUUGUUUUUACAUUCAAGUGUGCUUAUUUUUGUAAAUAAAUGCUGG